GCCAAGACACAGCAAAUGUCCAACAGCAGCUCCAUCAGGCACUUCCUCCUGCUGGCAUUGGCAGACACGCGGCAGCUGCAGCUCCUGCACUUCUGCCUCUUCCUGGGCAUCUCCCUGGCUGCCCUCCUGGCCAACGGCCUCAUCAUCAGCGCCGUAGCCUGCGGCCACCACCUGCACACCCCCAUGUUCUUCUUCCUGCUCAACCUGGCCCUCACUGACCUGGGCUCCAUCUGCACCACUGUCCCCAAAGCCAUGCACAAUUCCCUCUGGCACACCAACAACAUCUCCUACUCUGCAUGUGCUGCUCAGCUGUUUCUGGUUUUCUUCUUUCUUGGAACAGAAUUUUCCCUCCUGACCAUCAUGUGCUACGACCGCUACGUGUCCAUCUGCAAACCCCUGCACUACGGGACCCUCCUGGGCAGCAGAGCUUGUGCCCACAUGGCAGCAGCUGCCUGGGCCAGUGCCUUUCUCAAUGCUCUGCUGCACACAGCCAAUACAUUUUCCCUGCCCCUGUGCCAGGGCAAUGCCCUGGGCCAGUUCUUCUGUGAAAUCCCACAGAUCCUCAAACUCUCCUGCUCACACUCCUACCUCAGGGAACUUGGGCUCAUUGCUGUUAGUCUAUAUUUGGUGUUUUGCUGUUUUGUGUUCAUUGUUUUCUCCUAUGUGCAGAUCUUCAGGGUUGUGCUGAGGAUCCCCUCUGAGCAGGGAAGGCACAAGGCCUUUUCCACCUGCCUCCCUCACCUGGCUGUGAUCUCCCUUUUUGUUAUUACUGCCACAUUUACCCACAUGAAGCCCCCCUCCAUCUCCUCCCCAACCCUAGACAUGGUGGUUUCUGUUCUGUACUCAGUGGUGCCUCCAGCCACGAACCCCCUCAUCUACAGCCUGAGGAACCAGGAGCUCAAGGCUGCAGUGUGGACACUGAUGACUAGAUGGCGUAUGAAACAGUAA